AUGUCUUCAAUUAGUGACGUAUCAACGGUAGAAAACGCUAAAGCCAAUCCAGCUACAAAAAAAAAUAAAGCCUCAAAUAGCGAGGGUCUUUUGGAGCUUAACCCUCCACCAGAAUAUCUCUCACACCGAAUUAAGUUGUUUGAGGAAUGGAAGGCUGCACAUGAGGAGGAAAUUAAGAAGAAACCACGCGUUCCAAUUACCGUAACUUUUCCUGACGGUCAAACGAAAGAAGGAACAGCUUGGGAAACUACUCCUUUGGACCUUGCCAAGGCAAUUUCUAAAUCCUUGUCCGAACGUGUCGUUAUUGCUAAGGUUAAUGGCGUUUUAUUCGAUCUAAUUCGACCGCUUGAAACUGAUUGUACUUUAGAGUUUCUUGAUUUUGAACACGAGGAAGGAAAGAAAGUAUUUUGGCAUUCAAGUGCCCACGUUCUUGGUGAAGCCUGCGAACGUCAUUAUGGUUGUCAUCUUUGCAUCGGUCCACCUUUAGAAGAAGGCUUUUAUUAUGAGAUGAGCAUCAAAGACCGCGUUGUACACCAGAGUGACUAUGAAUCCCUAAAAGCCAUAGCAAGUAAAGCCAUAAAGGAAAAGCAACCUUUUGAACGAUUGGCUGUUCCAAAAGAAAAUUUAUUAGAAAUGUUCAAGCAUAAUCAAUACAAAGUUUACCUUAUAAAAUCCAAGAUUCCUGAUGGAACAUCUGCCACUGUGUAUCGCUGUGGACCGCUGAUUGAUUUAUGUGUGGGCCCUCAUGUUCCUCAUACGGGCAAAAUUAAGUCAUUCGAAAUCACAAAGAAUUCUGCAUCAUAUUUUCUUGGUGACGCAAACAAUGAUUCUCUUCAACGUAUUUAUGGUAUCUCUUUCCCAGAUAAUAAACAAAUGACCGAAUAUAAGACAUUUGUUGCUGAAGCUGCUAAGCGAUUUCAUAAAAAGAUUGGUCAGGAGCAAGAGCUUUUCUUUUUUGAUGAUCUGAGUCCUGGAAGUUGUUUCUUUCUUCCAAAUGGAUCUAGGAUUUACAACGCUCUAGUUGAUUUUAUAAAAACGGAAUAUCGUAAACGAGGUUACCACGAAGACAAUAUGUUUUGCUUUGAAAUUGAAAAAGAAAAAUUUGCACUGAAACCUAUGAAUUGUCCGGGCCAUUGUUUAAUGUUCAAACACCGGGAUCGAUCAUAUAGAGAGUUACCUAUUCGACUGGCUGAUUUUGGAGUUUUACAUCGUAAUGAACUAAGUGGUGCUUUGACAGGUCUUACCCGUGUAAGAAGGUUUCAACAAGAUGAUGCACAUAUCUUCUGUAGACAGGACCAAGUAGAAGAAGAGAUUAGUGGUGCUUUGGAAUUUAUGAAACACAUUUAUGGCGUUUUUGGAUUCACAUUUCAACUUAAACUGUCAACCAGACCAGAAAAGUACUUGGGUACUAUUGACGUUUGGGAUCAAGCUGAAAAGAGAUUGGAAGAUGCUUUAAAUAAGUUUGGUGAGCCUUGGGAAUUCAAUCCAGGCGAUGGAGCAUUCUAUGGACCAAAGAUUGACAUCACAGUAUCAGAUGCUCUUAAAAGGAAACAUCAAUGUGCUACUCUGCAACUUGAUUUCCAAUUACCAGAACGUUUCGAACUUCAGUAUCGUACUCAGACAAUUAACGAUGCUGAGCAUACUUAUGCUCGCCCAGUCAUGAUUCAUCGUGCGAUAUUAGGUUCCGUAGAACGUAUGAUUGCAAUUUUGACAGAAAAUUUUGGUGGCAAGUGGCCAUUCUGGCUUUCGCCUCGUCAAGUGAUUGUCAUACCAGUUGCAAAUAGUUUUAGUAGCUAUGUCAAAAAAGUUGUUGAUGCUUGUUUUAACGCUGGUUUACACGUUGAGUCUGACUUGGGCGAAAGUACUUUGAACAAAAAGAUUAGAAAUGCGCAAUUGGCUCAAUUUAACUUUAUUUUCGUCGUUGGUGCUGAAGAGGAGACUACAAAUUCUGUUAACAUUCGUAAUCGAGAUGAUGCUGGUACAAGAACAAAAGGACAAACAAUUCUUUUAGAAGAAGCAGUAGGAAAGUUGGUAAAAUUAAAAAAUGACAAGAGACUGAAGAACAGUCUGACAUCAGACUGA